AUGGCGAAAAAGAUCCUCGACGUCAAUGAAAAAGUCUACAUCGUGCCGAAAUAUCUCAUCUCCCGAAUCAUCGGACAGAAGGGAAAACAGAUUCAAGAAAUCAUCGACAAUUCCAAAAUCUCAAAAGUGCGAUUUCCAAACGACCAGGAAUCUGGGGAGAUUCUCGAGCGGCGGGGAAUUCAAGAAUCGUCCGCUUGGGAAAAAGCUGUCAUCAUCUUUAUCGGCUGCCAAAGCUCCUUGGAACGGGCGGAAAUGCUGAUGGACUAUCUCGUCGCCUCGCUGGAAGAAACCGAUCAAUUUUCCGAAGAACCCAAGAAUCGGGCAAUUCAAAGACAGAAGAAACAAGGGCAGCGGGAAAACUCAGAGUUCAAGUUGAAAAUCAUCCAAGAAAAGAACCAACUGGUCACUUCUGGAUAUUCGACCGAUUCUUCGAUUACCUCGAAUUCGAAAAGAAGACGAGGCUGUCGAGGAGGACGAAAACAUCGACGAAAGAACUCUUCGUCGUUCUCUGACAAUGGCCUAAGUGGCUUUUCUGAGUCCGACACAGGAAUCUACUCAGAGCUCUCUAUCUCCGACAUGGAAUCAACCGACGCCCAAAAAUCCUCUCCACGAAAAAGCCUUGAAAGUCUUGCGGAAAUCAACUCCGUACUUUCUCCGGACGAGUACGAACUUCAGCUUGAAGAAGAGCUUCUUUCUCCAGAUGAGCCAGCUACUCCAGAAUCUGGCUCGAUCAGUCUAGAAGGGUCGGAUUUGACGGCGCUGAGUGAUUUUGACAGUUUGGAGAAUAUGGACAUGGAUUGGGCUGAUGACGAUGUUCACGGAGGAACUCCUGUUUACUCUGAAGGGGAGCCAAUCUUCGAAUACCCAGAAACAAAAGCCUACCCCGAACCAAUCAGCUACAGAAAAGCACUCGUCAAAAACUUGGACAUUGACGAGCGCCUCAGAAAUCUGCAAAGCGAAAUCAAGGAAGAAACCAAGAAGCGAAUGAGAGGCACUCGAGGCGGAAAGAAAAUGCGAAAGCGAAAUUCGAAGAAGAAAAAUUCAAGCGAUUGA